AUGGAGAGCCAAGACAACCUGCGACGGGCCUGCUCGGAAAUCGCAAACAAGCUGGAGAAGUUCGUCAUCAUAGGCGCCGCCAGCAACCCACGCCCCGACGUCGCCGCGGCGGCCAAGAACGCCGACCAGCCGGCGGCCGCGGUGGAGACGGUGCGGUGCGCGUGCUGCAACGUGGGCGAGGACUGCACGGCGGCGUACAUCCGCGGCGUCCGCGCGCGCUUCUGCGGCGACUGGCUGUGCGGGCUGUGCGCGGAGGCCGUGAAGGAGCGCGUGCGCCGCGACCCGGGCGGCUGCGUGGCGGCGGCGCUGGGCGCGCACGAGGCCGAGUGCCGGGACUUCAACGCGACGACCAGGCUGAACCCGACGCUGUCCCUGGCCGGGUCCAUGCGCCGCAUCGCGCGCAGGAGCCUGGACCGGAGGACGGCGUCGUGCCAGGAGCGCGGCAGCCUCGGCGGCGGCGCGCCGGCGUCCAGGGCGGCGGCGCUCGCGAGGUCCGCCAGCUGCGACCCGCGGUUCCUGGCCGACGUGGUGGACGAAGCCUCCUCCGGGGACCGGCGCAGAUGA